AUGAAAAUAGAUAGAGACGAGGGAGAGUUACUGGCAGGUGGCCAAGAAAGGGAAGGAAAUAAGGAAGAGGGAAGAAGGUUAAAGUUUUGUGAAGGUAGCAACAUUAGCUCAGUAGGCAGACAGUUCUUGCCAUCACUGGAUUCUAAAGCAGAUGGCACACUUAAAUCUAUUGGAAACUCUUUUGUUCCAAUUGUGGAUCCCGAGUUGACAGACUUUUGUGCUCUACCUCCGGAUUAUGCAAUGUAUCCUAAAUUGUACGUCUUUGGGGAAGCACGAAAACUGGAUCAAUCCAUGUUGGUGUUGUUAGAAGCAUUAGGACUCACAGAAAUUCAGUUACUUGCGAAAAGAUCUCGGCGGGUGUAUUACAAUGACAGAUUGGACGAUUUUAUUGAUAUAUGCAUUGACGGGUCUUUCCGGAACAGAAAUUGGGCAGGUGGAAGAGGUGGUUAUGGUGGUGUGUUCUUCAACUCCGACGGCAAGAUCAUAGCUGUAUUUUGGGGAAGAUCUCUUCGCUUGAAAGACAAUAAUUUCCAUGAAGUUGAAGCGGUGGAUUUGGCAAUGCAAUAUGCAGAAGAACUUCAACUCCCUAAGAUCCGUAUUAGAUGUGACAACCAGUCGAUGUGUAAUGAGAUUUUUAACAAGCUUGAGCAAAAGGAAACUGGGAAUAAUGGCUUUCAAGACGUCGAAAGGAGAUCGGCGACAAGAAAUACGAUCAAACACAUUGUUGAGUUACGUGAAAGGAAUUGGCCGGGUCGUAACUUUGAAAUUCUUCAGAUUCCAAGGGAAUGCAAUUAUUCUGCUGAUUUCUUAUCUCGGGUAGAGAAGGUUGGUGGAGGUCACAGACACAGGGUGACGAAUGAAGAUGAUCCUUUCAGUGGUCUUGCUUUUGGAGAGUCCUUGGCACUCUUAGUUGCAAGAACAGUUCAAGGAUAUUUCCUGAAGUUUUGGGGUGCUUAUGCAUUUCUUAAAGAGAAAAGGGAUGCUGUAGCAGCGGCCGCAGGGAGGUUGCUUCGCUAGUCCUUCAGGUACAAGAGAAGGCUGGCACAAUGGAUAGAGGACAACAGAAGAGGGUUUCUUCUGAGGUAAAAUCUUGGUAACUAAUGAGGUAUUAAAUGUAGGAGAUUCUUCAUCAACAUUAAAAGUCCUAGUAUAGCCUGAUGAAGAUUUUAACAAAACAUAGUGGAUUGUGCAUAAAGGAUUCCUGGGUUUUUAGUUUUCUCACGGAUGUGAUACUUUCUCAAAGUCUUCUUUUUGACAACUUACUGUAAAUUCGCAUUCCCUUCGAGCUGUUUUGUGAUGUCUUCUGUUAUUUUUUUUUCCCUUGCACCGAUCUUCUGAACCUGUUUUGUGGUGUCUUUGACACUACCAAACUCUUUAGCAGUUGUGCUAAUAUGUAGGAUAACAUUAACAUUGCUAAUGUGGGCAACUAUUGACCUUGCCAGAAAUCAAUCGCUGGUGACUAAUUUUUCUUCUUUACAAUCA